CAAACUUCAGUCAAAGCUACAAUGAAGUUCAUCAUCGUUGCAUUCGCUUGCAUUGUUGCCGUCUCUGCAGUUAAACCUAGGUUUAACUCGAGGUUUCAGAGACAGCAAGUGCCUCACACCGUAUAUGGACCUCCUCCUCAAGAGUAUGGACCUCCACCUCAAGAAACCACCACUGAAGGGACAACUACCGAAAUUCCAACAACGACAGAACCUCAAUCUGAGGUUGUAAAUGGGACGCAAAGUGGGAGACUGACAAAAGGGUCGGAAAGAGGAGUUUAUUACAUUUAUCAUCCCACUGGUCAACUCCAGAAGGUUGUUUACUCCACUAAAAAAGAUGAAAGAACUAAGGCUUAUACAGCGCAGGUGAAAUACGAGGAUGUGGAACCGAUAACAGCCCCCAUUUAUACCUACGACCCUAAAACUUUAAUUUUGAGUAGAGUGCAGCCCUGAACUUGUUAUUGUACAAACUUGAUGAAAUAAAGGCGGUUCAAUAAUUUUA